AUGAUUUCCGAAAGCAGCUCCUUCGUGAAGGGAGUGGUGCUGGGAGGAGCCUUCUGCAUGUUGGUCACACUCCUGGGACACAUGAAGGUAGGCCACGGGACUAAGGCCCAUCGCCACGAGCAUCAUCACAUCCAGGCUCCCAGCAAAGAAGAUGUCCUAAACCUUUCAGAAGGUGAACGCAUGGAACUUAGUAAAAGUAUCCGUGUUUAUUGUAUCAUCCUCGUGAAACCCAAAGAUCUGGGGCACUGGGCUGCAGUCAGAGAGACGUGGAGCAAGCAUUGCGACAAGGUGGAAUUCUACAGCUCGGAAAAUGUCAAAGUGUUUGACUCUGUAGCCCUCAACACAAACGAUAUGUGGGCGAUGAUGAGAAAAGCUUACAAGAUAACAUACGAACGCUAUAAAGAUGAAUUCAGCUGGUUCUUCCUUGCAUAUCCAACAACAUUUGCUAUUAUUGAAAAUCUCAAAUAUUUCUUACUGAAAAAAGACCCCUCACAGCCUUUUUAUGUAGGCCACACCAUGAAAUCUGGUGACCUUGAAUACGUAGAUGGUGAGGGAGGAAUUGUCUUAAGCAUUGAAUCGCUAAGACGACUCUUCCAUAUUCUUGAAGACUCUGACAAGUGCCCGGAGCAGGGAGGCAUGAUUUGGAAGCUUGCUGAGGACAAACAGCUGGCGAUCUGCCUGAAGUACACCGGAGUGUUUGCUGAAAACGCAGAAGAUUCAGAAGGAAAAGAUGUCUUCAACACCAAGUCAGUCAGUGCUCUCAUUAAGGAAGCAAUGUCUACUCACCCUCAGCAGGUGGUGGAAGGCUGCUGCUCAGACAUGGCCAUCACCUUCAGUGGCCUGGCCCCAAACCACAUGCACGUGAUGAUGUACGGUGUCUACAGGCUGCGACCUUACGGCCACACGUACAACGAUGCACUUGUCUUCUUGCCACCUCCAGGCUCAGACAAUGACUGAUGUCUCCUCAAAGCAG